AUGGAUAGCUUGACUGAGCUAGAAACCUACGCAAACGAACUUAUCACGGCUGUUAAGGGUCUUGCUGGUUAUUCUCUAAGCACGGAGGUCUCCCAGAGCUCAGCCAGCCAACCAAGUAGUGACCCUGGAGCUCAGAAGGAAUGCCAUCGAGCUAAAGCAUGCAUACUAUCCAACAUUGCUAAAAUCAAGAUGUUGGUUUCUGAGCCUACAGGGUUCCUUGAAAAUCUCACGACUCAGAUGCAAAUUCUAGCUUGUUUGCGAUGGCUAGGCGAAUUUCAGAUCUUGGCCUGUAUUCCCCUAGUCGGGAGCGUCUCCAUCAAGGAUGUAGCGCAUUUAUCUGGCGUUCCAGAGACAUACCUUGAUCGAAUCGUGCGUUUAACCGCUACAUCCGGCUUCCUGCACGUAUCGCAACCUAGUCAUGUGUCUCACACACCCUUGUCUGCGCCGUUUGUUACCAAUCCUUCACUUCUUGAUGCGGUAAUGUUUCUCGCAGAAUCUGCAGCCCCGGCUGCCUUGCAGAUGGCAGCCGCAACUCAGCAGUUUGGAGACUCGCAUCAACCCAAUGAGACCGCCUACAAUAUGGCCUUGGGGACGACAAAGCCCUUUCACACGGCGCACAAGGAACAACCAAAAUUAAGCCGUCAGUGGUCCUCUUAUCUCAACUACGCUGAAGGACUACAUGCAGUGGGGAGCAUUACCGAUAUUCUCACGCAACUUAAUUGGUCUAACAUCAGCCAUGUGGCUCGAUGCGUCGUCGAGGUGGGCGCCCAGUCAACCGCGACAGCGAGAGGCCUGGCAGAUAUGCAUCCCAGUCUCCACUUCGUUGUCCAGAUUACCGAUCCAGCGUCCACAAUACCUGUUAAUAAACUCAUAUCUCCAUUCGAUCGAGAGCUAGGAAUCAGUCCCCGAAUCAAAGUUACCAAUCGGGUCCUAGGUACACGACAGGUUAACACUGAUGCAGCUAUCUACAUUCUUCAUCUGCCAUCAUCGCUCAGUGCAAUCCGUGCUGAGCUGCAGGUACAUCUUGAAGCUCUACGGGCAAACGGUGGUAUCAUGCUCAUAUUAACCGCGCGGCUGCUCCCAGAACCAGGCAGCAUGCCCAAUCCCGAGGUCGAGGCUGUGGCACGUUCGCGAGGUCUUAGCUUGCUUCAGUUAGCUAAUGAGGCGGAGAUCGAGAUGGUUGAACUGCUAGAAUUGAUUGGUACGGUUAGAGAUAAUGUAGGGAAGUUGAUUGUGACAAACAAACUUCGCUCACGCAACAGCCUUGUUGUUGCCUUAGUUGUCGAGCACCAAGUUGAUGUCAAAGCAUAA